CGUACCCCGCACGUAGUUUCCGCCCCGGUUUCCCACACCCCGUUCGUCGCCCGUCGUGGAGAACCCGGGGCCUCCAGACUUCCGGAGCCCCGGGCGCGUGUAUAAGUAGAGCCCAGGGCCGCGUGGCUACCAAAGCAGCCAAGUGGAAAAGAGCUAGCACAAGAACACCUUCCUUUCCAGUGCGUAGAGCGAGAGCAGCAGAUAGAAGCCGUCGAGUGCAGGGAUGGCUGGAGCGGUGGGUGUCUGGCUGGAGGCGUUCUCCAGGAUUGGCCGGACGGAGGCCGCCGGCGCCGAAGCCGGCCGGCGCCAUCGGGGUGAUGACGGCGCCGGCGUGGAUGCGGGCGGGAAGAAGAGCGGUGUUGUCCAGGAGAAGAGGCAGCGGAACAGCGGCGUGCUCUCCGACUCGGACACCCUGGUGUGCAUGCUCAUGGACCGCUUCGCCCCGGCGUGAUACGCGGGCCGGCGGGGAGCGCGGCGGCGUCAGUCGGCGUGUGCAUUGCAGCAGCCAGCAGGGUAGGUGCAGGCUGCAGGGUACAUACAUGGAAGGAGGCGGUAUUUCGCUAUUUUGUACUGUAAAUUCUGUGACACUGUGGUUAGCCGUGGCAACUGUAUCAUAAUGGUUCUAUGCCUUCGAAGUGAAUACUUUUUUGGUUAGCAAUCUCA